AACACAAAGAGACAAUUUGUAACUGAAGGGAGCAAGAGUGUGCUGCAGAAAAUCAACAUUUCCAAAACUACUAACAUAAAUCUAAAGUGUAGAAAUAAAUGACAAAGAAAGAUUUUUAAAACGAGUUGCAGGAUGGAGACAUAUGGAUGCAAUUAAAGACUGAUGAUGUCAUCUUCAAGUCAGGUUAUCAGGCCUGAGGCAGAGCAGCUACAACUCCAACCAUGUUUCUCUGAAAACAGUCGUGUCCCACAAACACACAGCCUGAAAUGCUCGGCAUAACUUUGGAAAAGCGCCAUCUUUUGACACACGCCAGCCCAGGUUUGACUUUUAUGUAGCAUGACUAAUACGUGUAUUUAAACGAAUCUGCUUACAGAAAGUUUUGUUUAUUAGAAUUUGACCAUUCAUUAAAGAUCUUUUUUAAAUUCUGGAUACACACAAAACCACUCUGUCCUUCCCAUUAGCCUCUUUGGCAUGGCUACACAAUUACCUCAUCUGGAAUGGGCCUAAGCACAGAACACACACACACAUACACACACACAGCCGUAUAAGCCUACAGAGCCCCAUAUAAGGAUUUACUGAUGAUGUAAUGGGCGCCACUGACUGCUAGUGAGACUUAGUGUGCAGAGCACUUCUCAUAAUGUUUGGUUUUCCGGAUGGAAUGUCCACAUCACUGGGAUCUCUGGGAAAGGGAGACGUGAAGGCAAAGGAAAGCAUGCUCUCUAAGGAUUUUCUUCAAAAGAAGGAAAACCAGCAGAUCUGCUCAGGGAUGUGCUGACAAUUCCAGAACAGCAGGGAACUUCUGCCUCCUUAAGCUGGACUUUGGUAGCAUCUGAAGAUAAGAGGGUGACUGGGUGCAGUCUCUAGAGUACUCAAGUAUUUGAGCUCUAAAUGAAAGAAACAACAAAAGGAAUCAACAACAGAAUCAAAGGACUCUAAAUAGAAUUUGACUGAUCUUAUCCUCCUUACAUCACUGUUGAAGAAGUGUGUAAGAAAGCUUGCUAAAGAACAUCAGGAAUGACAUAAAGACCUGAUUUUACUAUACUGAACAGCAAUUCUGUGCUCCAAAAGACAAAACCCCAUUAUUGUUGAAACCUGCAAUCCAGUUUCAUAAUGACAACCCCAAUCCUGCUCACAGAGGUGGACGUCCUGAGGAGGAGGGUGAUGGAAAUGGAGGCAAAGGACGAAGAGCUGAUACGAAUGGCAGAUCAGUGUCGGGAGCUGGAUCACAGACUAGCCAAAGAGAACCGCCUUUGCCACGGUCUGAAGGUUGAGGUGGUUAAGCUCAACGGCAGAAUCAGCGAACUGGACAGGGUGGAAGAGGCUCUGGGCAAAAGCAAACAGGACUGUAGUGUUCUGAAGAGCAGCUUGGAGCAGGAGUCGGAGGCCAGGAAGAUCCUGACAGCCGAGGUGGACACACUCAGAGUUAAAGUGAUGGAGCUGGAGGCCGUUGAAGGCCGAAUGGAAAAGACCGAAAUGGUUGUCAGGCAGGAUCUGUGUAAGCUCAGGACCCUUACAGUAGCCUUGGUGGAGGAAAGGAAGGGUAUGGCGGAGAAGCUUAAACAGGCAGAGGAGAAAAUGAAAAGAAGAGAAAGCCAAAGGAAUGAGGAAAGGAGUUUGGCAGCAACAGAGAGACUUAGAGAAGAGAGUCAAACGGCUUCACGGUUAGGCACCGAUUUUGAAGAGAAGAUCAAAAGCAUUGUGAAGGAAAAGGCCGAGCUCCAAAACAGACUAAAAUCGGAGGAGGAGAAGAACAGGGAGUUGGAAGGUAAAAUAACCACAAUGAAGAAAAAGUUAGAUGCUUUCGACAACAACAGAAAAAAGGAGAAGUACGCGCACAUCUCCAUUCCAAACAACCACACAGAGGACAACAAGAUUAGGGAGCUGACACAGGAGCUGGAUAUGUUGCGGAAGAGACUCCAGGACAAGGAGGUGCUAAAGAGGGAACUCAUUAAGGCAGAGAAAGAUUUUGAGUUCCUUGAAAAGAAGCUCCAGGAGGAACAGCGGAGAACUCAAUCUCUAACAGGAGAGCUUGAGCUCGCAAAGAAGGAACUUUCCAGGUAUGAGCAUGAAGAGAAGCAGGAGGUCAACCAGGAGCAUCUCCUGCUUUGCCACCUCCAGAAGGAGCAGGUUAAAUCCAGACUCCUCACGAAAGAACUUGAUAGCUUGAAGGAGAAACUGCAAAAGCUGACGGGAACGGAGGAGAGCAUCUGCAGGGUGCAGAUGGAUCACACGAGACUUCAGAGAAAACUCACCCAGCAGGAAAUCAAGAACAAAAAGUUGGCCGUGGAGAUGGAGGAACUGAAGAGUGAGCUGGAGGAGUACAGGCACAUCCAGAACCUUCAUCUCAACAAGGGAGUGCAAACAGAACUUGAGGAGAACAUGGUUCCUGACCUCAAGAGGUCAAACGAUGAGAACGACCAGCAUGUGAGUCACAACGUGAGCACCCCAAAUAGAAGCUCCCUGGUGUACAGCUUUCACUCUGACAACAGCAGCAUUUAUUCCAGGAGCAAUUCCGAAACCGACAAGCCCCAAACGCUCAAUGGAGAGGUGAUGAUGCUGACGCACAUGCCCGGGCAGCCUCUCCACAUCAAAGUAAUGCCCCACCAUGCUCGAAACACGGCCACGUUCGAGAUCAGCGGACCCUCUGGAGAAACGGCAGCGUCGUACACAACGACUGCCGCCGUCAUCCCGUCACCUAAACGGAGAAUCAGCAUCACUCCUGCUGCUAACCCCGACUCGCCUUCAAGCCCCGACAGCACCGCCUCCCAGCUGGUAACUUCAAAUCUAUCAUCAGGCUCCAUUGCGCCGGACAGCAGCUCACAGAUGAAGAUAGUCACCGUCAGGACUUGUUCUCCUGAACCAAGCGAGGCUUUGAGUCCGAGCAGUUUCUGCAGCACUGCUGAGCAGCUCAGCAAAUGGCAGAGUCAGGAGUCUGACGGCAUCAACGCCAGUCCCAGCGUUAUCACAGCGGAAGACAGUAAAAUCCACAUCCAUUUAGGGAGCCAGUAUUUACCAACUCUGAAUGGUAUGGACGGCAGAAGCCCGCACGCCGCUGGCCCGUACUGCCUUCAGCACCAGCAGAGCACGCAAGUGAUUUCCAACGGCUGUCUGGUCAAAAGUGUGGGAAAGAUUACGAGCAGCAUUACAAUUUCUCCUGCUUUAGCUCCUGCGUCGCACUCUUCAAAUAUCACAGUGAAAGGUCUUUACAGCUGCGAGUAGACGAAAAAAGGACUACUGUAGUUUUUAGACUAUAAGUCGGACUUUGAGGAGAAAUUUCAUUAAAAUAUACGAGAAAACGAACAGACAUUUCAUGUUGAACAGCAAAUCAUAAUAACGUAAUAUAGAUAACAAUGAUAGACUGAAUAUAUGUUUGCCUCACUACUGUAACACAUUGAUGUUUCAUGAAACAGAAAAAAUCUAGUAUAUUAGUGCAAGAUAUGAACAAUUGUUCAGAUAACCAAGCAUAAACAACAUGCUAACAAGUCAACCAAACUAUUUUUAUUACUUACAACCACUAAGUCCCUUGAAUUAUUCAAACUCUGUGUCACUUUGGAACAAUUCCACCAAACGCGGCAUACAACUGAGCGGCACUUCUUCUUCUUUGUUGCUGUUAUACACGUAUACAGUGCCCUCUAGUGGUUGUUGCUAUGUUAUUCAAUCUCAUAUGUCGCAGCCCCUGCCAAACUAUGCAAAAAA